ACUGAGUUUACCGAGCCAGAAAACAUGCAAGCGAUUGCUGUCAAUCUGUUUUACGUUACUAAUCUGAUGCACGAUAUCACGUACCAGUAUGGUUUCAACGAGGCUGCUGGCAAUUUCCAAAAUGACAACUUUGGCAAAGGUGGCAAAGGCAACGAUGGUAUUAUUAUCAGUCUCCUGGAUACUUCGAGAAAGGAAAAUGCUGAUUUCCAUUCUCCAACUGACGGCCAGCCUGGUAGAAUGAGAAUGUUCCGAUUUGCUCACUUUACGCCUAAUCGCAAUCCUGGUCUGGAUAACCAAGUCGUUAUGCACGAAUAUGGACAUGGUGUCUCAGGUCGGUUGACUGGUGGACCUGUAGCAGUUGGAUGCUUGUUUGAAGGUGAACCUGGUGGCAUGGGCGAAGGCUGGUCUGAUAUAUUUGCCAUGAUCGUGACUGCCAAGCAAUCCCAUAGAGCCAACACUCCAAUUUUCCUUGGUACAUAUAUUUCUGAUUCACCCAGAGGUAUUCGCUCCCAUCCUUACACGACUGACAUGGAGGCCAAUCCCCUGACUUAUGGCGAUCUUAGGCAGCGCCAAGAAGUUCACGAUGUUGGUGAAGUGUGGGCAGCCAUGCUUUGGGAAGUCUACUGGAACUUGGUCACCAAGAACGGAUUCUCUACCGAUAUUUACAAUGCCAAGAGCAAUUCUGGUAACACUAUUACUAUGCAGAAUAUGAUUGGUGGUAUGAUGCUCCAGCCAUGCUAUCCCACUCUCAUUAAUGCUCGUGAUGCUUUCAUUGAGUCUGAUGUUAAUCGCUACAAAGGUGCCAACAAGUGCGAGAUCUGGAAAGGAUUCGCCAAGCGCGGUCUGGGAGUCAAGGCU